AAUAUACUGCAGCACUUGGUGAUGGUAAAACUGCCUCUCUGUCCCCACCUAUAGAUCUGGAUGAGUGUAAGACCAACGAGGUGGUGUGUGCCCAUCCGGCCCUCUGUACCAACACUUAUGGAGGCUACAGGUGUGUUUGUAACGGCACUGAUAUGGAUGAAGCCCAGUCCUGUGUAUUAGAGAGAGAGAUGGUGAGCGAAAUGGAGCUGGACCUUGUUCUGGGGCUGGUUCUGGGCAUCGGCAUCCCUCUGCUCCUGCUGCUUCUCCUGGCUGCACUGGCCUGUUUCUGCUGCUGCAAGAAGACUGUUACUGGAGACCUCCCCCACUUGUUGCCAGACUACAUCCAGGAGCAGUACAACCCUCCGCCCUUCAACUACUCUGACCCUGCUCUGCACUAUAUGACCCACUGCAGCCCUCGUAUCAUAGACAACAUCACACCCAGGCAACGCCUCAGAUAGCACAUAAACAUACAUGCACAUGUGCAAAUCACUCACACAGACACUGAAGACACUAAAACUUUCACACAAAAAUGCACAGCCUUACAAAAGAAAAGCAAGCACUUUUGGAGCCACUAUAUGUGUUUUAUGGUGACGAGAUGAAUGAUUCUUAUUUAUACUGUAACAAAGGAAUAAUUAAACCUGAGUGACUUUUAAAGUCAAUUAUUUCCAAUCCUCUCUGCUGAGCGAUGGACCUGCCAAGUCUGAGCUGGAAGUUUUUUUCGCCUGGACAACAGUUUACAGUCAGAGUCUGACCCAGCAGAACUCGACAAUCUCUUGGCUGGAGACCCUGAUGAAAAGUAAACCACUGCAGUGGUCUUUAGCUUCCAGCUGAUUCCAGGCCAACAGCAUCCUUGAUAGCAACAUUAGCAUUUGCCAGAAUACCUGGCGUCACGCUCCUGCCCUCUAUUCACAAUUAUAUUCAGUGUCGAGUUUGGUGUUGUUCUUGUCCAAAAUGGACAAUCUGUACAUCCAUAUUUGGAAGAUCAGCGUCACUCGUAAUCACCAAAACAUUGUUGAGUCAAUUUAUGCAAGUGUUAUUAUUUUGCACCUCAAUCCAUAAAAAUGUGGGUGUCACUGUUUUUUAAAAGCAUUUAUGUCACUCUGGAAUGUCACAACAACAAACAGCAAAUUAUGGCUGGAUUGUUUCCCUGUUACUUUAACACAGCAGAGUAAUUCAGUGUUUCAUCUGACAGCUGCCUUUUGUAAAGCUGGACCA